AUGCGACCUCCCACCCUCGGAGCCGUGCCGCGGCGCCAUCUUCGCGUGCGCGUGCGCGUGCCUGCGCCCCGACGGCAGUAUUCCGUCCGCAUACCAGCCGACUCGCCCUCCGCCUCCUCCAUCACAACCGUCGCGGACCUGAGAGCAUGGCAUCCGACCGCCAACGUCCCUGAUGUUCAAGUUUGUGGCUGGGUGCGCUCCGUGCGCAAGAGCUCGGGGGUUCGCUUCGUCGACGUAACCGACGGCUCCUCGAUGCGGCCCGUCCAGGCCGUCGUCGACAAGAAGCUGUCUGCCGACAUGAGACCCGGCGCCGCCGUUCGUUUAAAAGGGACUUGGUUCAACGUCAAGACUGCACGUGUCUCACAAGCGACAGACGGUGAGGCCGCAAGCGACCCGGCUGGACAGCCACGUGCCCAGGACUCGGCGUCGUCCACCACGCACGAGCUGCAAGUCAGCGAGGUUGACAUACUGGGGGCAUCAGAUCCACAGACCUACCCCAUUCAGAACAAGUACCAGACGCCCGAGAGCCUGCGUGCCAUCUCCCAUCUCCGUCCUCGGACGCCGCUCAACUCGACGCUGCUGCGGCUGCGCUCCGACGCAACCGCUCUCCUCACGCAGUUCUUCUUUGCGGAAAAGUUCCAGCAGACCCACCCUCCCAUCAUCACCUCGUCCGACUGCGAAGGCGCUGGCGAGGCCUUUGCCGUCAAGUCCGGCAAGGAAGAAUUCUUCAGAGAUGCCAAGUACCUGACUGUCUCAACCCAGCUGCAUCUCGAGGCCCUGGCGCAAGCCCUCGGCAACGUAUGGACCCUCUCGCCAACCUUUCGAGCCGAGAAGAGUGAUACGUCGCGCCACCUGAGCGAGUUUUACAUGCUCGAGGCCGAGAUGAGCUUCGUGCGAGACAUGGACGAGGUCAUGGACUUGGUGCAGCGGAUGAUGAAGGCGCUCGCGCAGGGCCUCAAGGAGCGCGACGCCGCCAGAGAGCUCGAGCUCAACAGACUGGACUCGCGUGACCCAGCCGAGCGCCUCGCGUUUGCAGACCUAGUCGACCAGGCCGAGCUCCGACGUCGGUGGAGGGGCCUCCUCGUGCCGGGUAAGUGGCCCCGGAUCACGUACACGAAGGCGAUCGAGAUGCUGCGGCCGGUGGCGGACCGGUUCGAGCACGAGCCGGUCUGGGGGAGCGGGCUGCAAUCGGAGCACGAAAAGUACCUUGCCGAGGAGGUCGGCUACGACAGGGAGCUCGACGCCUACGUUCCCAUCUUCGUCACGGAGUACCCGCGCGACAUCAAGGCCUUUUACAUGCUCCGGUCGGCCUCACCGCCGCCGCAGGGAGAGACGGUCGAUUGCUUCGACCUGCUUGUGCCGAGUCUCGGCGAGCUCGCUGGCGGGUCCAUGCGCGAGCACCGCCUGCGGGAGCUGGAGGACAACAUGAGGCUCCACGGGCUGCAGGUCCCCCAGGGACGCAAGGCGGCGGGCAACGACAUGGCCUGGUACCUCGACCUUAGGCGCUGGGGCUGCCCGCCGCAUGGCGGAUUCGGCCUGGGGUUCGACCGGCUGCUCAGCUACCUGACGGGCGUGCCCAACGUUCGCGACGUGGUCCCCUUUCCGCGUCACCACGAGCGGUGCGACUGCUAG